AUGUGUGUGACUGGAGCCGGGGGUUUCAUUGCCUCUUGGAUUGUAAAGCAGCUUCUCGAGAAGCUACACGGUAACAAUGCCAAGUGUGGACAUCUCAAGCAGCUCCCAGGAGCUGGCGAGAGGCUCAAGCUGUUGAAAGCCGGUGUUCUCGACUACAACCUGGCAGAUGUGUUGGUCCCAGGAAUCACUGGAACGGAGGAUGUGAUGCGUGGUUGCAGUGAGGAUCCUCACUGCAAGAUCAAGCGAGUGGUGAUGACCUCUUCCGGCACCGCGGUCAUGUGUGACUCGGAUCGUCCGGAGGACAAGAUGCGGUGGUACUGGAGUCUGAGAAGACAGCAUGGUCUAGAACUUGUCGUGGUGUGCCUGUGUGAUGUGUUUGGCCCUCUCUUGCAACAGACCAUGAACACUAGCAACGAAUAUCUCAAGUUGUGGAAGGGUGUAACGACCAUUGGCAUUCCUCAUGCCAGAACAUACGAUGGAAUCCCUCCUGAGAAGAAUAAAACUACAGAUCUAAUCAGAGUGGGUGAGCAAAAGAUUGAUCAUGAUGAAGAGUAUAGCAUUAGUGAUGAUAACCAUGAAGAUGCAGAAGAAUCUCUUGAUGAUGUCGUUGUGCGGCAAGGACACUUGUGGUUCAGAGUGACAUAA